GCCGCGCCGCCGCCGCCGCGCACUCGGGGCGGAGGGAGGGAGGGAGGAGGGCGGCGGAGCCGGCACCGCGCAGCCUGCAGCCCGGGCGCCCCAGCUCCGCGCAGCACCGGGCCCGCCGGCCAGCGGCGGAGCGGAGCGCGGAGAGGAGCGGAAAGAGCGCGGCGGGGCCGGAGGGCGCCAGCGGCCCUGCCCCGCGCCCCCCCGGGCGCCGCCGCCGCCCCCCGGUUUCUCCUUUGUGGCCGGCCCCAGGCGGCUCCGCGGGAAUAAUGCGGGGCGUGUGGCUAGCGCUCACCGUCAGCUUCGUGGCCUGCGCCUCCGGGCAGCCGAGAGCAGAUUUGACCUCUGAUAAAGAUUUAUACCUUGACAACAGCUCUGUUGAAGAAGCAUCAGGCGUCUAUCCAAUUGAUGAUGAUGAUUAUUCUUCUGGGUCAGGUUCAGGUGCUGAAGAAGAUGAGGACAGUUCAGUAAUAACAACAUCCAGAACACUUCCAAAGUUACCGACAACUAGUGAUGCAUCUAGGGCUGAGACCACUACGGUGAAAAUGCAGACCAAGGUGCCUGCACAAACAAAGUCACCUGAAGAAAUUGAUAAAGAGGAAAAGCCCGAGAUAGAUGCCAAGAAAAAGAGUGAUGAGCCAGGGGAUGACACUGAUGUGUUCACCGAAAAGCAUUCAGAAAACCUCUUCCAGAGAACAGAAGUUCUGGCAGCUGUUAUUGCUGGCGGAGUUAUCGGUUUUCUUUUCGCAAUCUUCCUUAUCCUGCUGCUGGUAUACCGCAUGAGAAAGAAGGAUGAAGGCAGUUACGACCUUGGUGAACGUAAACCAUCCUGUGCUGCCUAUCAAAAGGCACCUACUAAGGAGUUUUAUGCAUAAAAUUCCUAUUUAGUGUCUCUAUUUAUGAGAUCACUGAACUUUUUUAAAUAAAGCUUUUGCAUAGAAUAAUGAAGAUUCUUUUUUUUUUUUUUCAUUAAAGAGCCAUUACGGCACCUUUAUGAUAAAAUCCCAUUGUAUUUAAAACUUUUCAUGUAUUCCUUUAAAAAUGUAAAAUUAAAACUUAACAUUUGCAGUGUUCUGUGAAUAACAGUGGCAAAGCAUUAUUUUAUAAAACCAUUGAUGUUCACUGAAUCAUUUUUAAAACUUUAUGCAUAAAUAUAAAAUAAUGAAAAUGAUUGUUUUAUCCUAUGGUUCAAUGAAAGUUGUUUAAUUUUUGUCGGCAUGUCUCAGAUUGAUCUUACAAGUUAGUUUUUAUUUCAUUAAUUUAUCUGUUUCCAAAAAAAUGCCUUUUUGUAGUUGUCAUGGUGCAAUUUGUCUUCAGAUGAUUCAGAUAACAGUAACUUUUAGUGUAAAUGUAAUUUUUCAGCUAUGUAAACUUUAACCUCCACUUUGUAUAAAUUUAAGUGUCAGAAUAUCAAUUUUACACUUUGCAUUGUUUCUCAGCGUACCUGUAGCUUCAGUGAGAUUUGUAACAGCAAAUUAAUGUGUAAAAUUGGAUUAUUACUACAAACUGUAUAGUCGUAUUCUUACUAAACAAAUCUCCUGUCAGGAAGAUUUGGAGUAAGCUACUGACAAACCUAAGCAAACCCAAAGACUCUAACAGUAUUUUGAGAAGUUGCUGCAGAUUUCUAUGGCCACUGUAUUUGUUAAUUAUUUGCAAUUUGAAGGUACACGUAGGGGUUUAAAUUUUUGUUCUUUAAAAAUGCAUUUAAGUUGUAAACGUCUUUUAAAGCCUUUGAAGUGCCUAUGAUUAUAUGUAACUUGUCGCAGACUGGUGUUAAUGAGUAUAUAACAGUAAAAGAAAAUGUUGGUAUUUUAUAAGCACAGACAAUUCUAAUGGUAACUUUUGUAGUCUUACAUGGAUAGACAUAAUUGUAAUUUGGGAACAUAAACACUACUGAAUAAAUCAUGUGGCCUAAUACUGAGAA